AUGCAGAAUGGUCAUGAGCACGAGCGUGGCUUUUCACAGGUGUCAGAUCACCCGCGCACGACAUCUCCACGUGAGAUGCAUGCAGAGGAGAGUCUUGCUCUUGACGAUGCAGAAAAUCCUCUUCAGCUGCUUGCUAGAGCUUCCAAUCUUCAGCUUUCGCCGACCGGGAUGCGGCGUGCCCCAAAGUCUCUACGGCCGUUGUCGGACGGUCCUUCGUUCCUUCAGAGCCCCCCGAGAGGGGAACCGAGUGCCAAGUCCUUUUUUGUCCCUGCAAGAGCGAACUUGGAUAUAGGACCUGAAGUAGACCCCGUUGAACUAGGCUUGGUCACAUUGGAUGAGUCCGAGUCUUUGUUCUCAUUAUCUGUUGAGAUUGUUCUGGCUUUCAUGGUGAACGUUCCAUGGAUGUCACCUGGUGAUAGACUGGGAGAUGAUGAUACUUGCUCCUAUAUUGCGAUGGCUCUCACUGUGGCUCUAGACUUAUCGCUGAACAAGAUUAUCUCGCCCUCUUCAAGCUUUGACCAUGAACUUAUGAAUCGCCUAGCACGAGCCGAGUGUGUAGAUGCUAAGAGGGCUUUACAGAUGGAUGGAUUUGGUGAUGUUGAUCCGUCCUCAGAAUGGGGCCUUCGGCUGUUGAGAAGACGCGAAAGAGCUUGGAUUGCGUUGUAUGUCGUCGAGAGGGGUGUUUGUCUUGCGCGAGGACGAAGUUACACUGUUCCUUUAACAACGCUAAUCGAAAACUGCGAUCGUUGGCACCUGUCCAACAUUGCAGACCCGCAUGAUGGUCCUAUGAAUUCCAUGGCAGUUCUUCGAAGGGACCUUGAUGGACUAUUUCAGAAAGUUAAAUCAAGCUGUGAUAGUCAUCGCUUCGUCGAUACCGGCUCGGAAGCUGCUCAUUCAAUCAAGAAGACCAUUCAAAUCUUUUACGAGCAGUGGUAUGCAACAUGGGCCUUGUCGAUUGGCGAAGGAGACACACGCUCUCUACCCCCCUAUGUUGAGAUUCUUGUCACGCACACUCAGUUGUCCACCUACGGUGGUGUCAUCAAUCAUCCGACAGCUCCAAUCGAAGUCAAACGUUUCUUCCGAGCCGCUGGUCUAUCGUCUGCAUUGAAUGUCCUACGAGCAGCCAUCCAGGGUGAAUCACGACUGAAAUCAAUGCCCAAUAAUACCGUCAUAAUGAUCUCCUUUGCUGCAUGCUAUGCACUCACCCUCAGUAUAACACCCGGUGAUAGCAGAUCCAGUCUAGCCCCAAGCGUCCGAAAUCUCAUCGAAGAGACUGCCGGUGUUUUAGAAAGGAUUGGAGCAACACCACGUCACCGCAGCGGCGCAUCCGUUCUUUACGGGAGGUUCUUACGUGAGUUGAUACGGCGUGCACCAGCCUUACCUCUACAAUCUACAGGACAUCUACGCAAAGCCGAUGCACCCGAGCCAGCAUUUCAGUCUGCAUCCCUGGAUCAUGGCCCGCCGCCAGUAACACUACCACCUGAAGAUUUCUGGUUUGAGCCACUCCAAUUCUCUGCCAUGUCUGAUAAUCAGAUUGUAGAUGCAGUCAACCGUGCGGGCACCGCGUUUGGUGCGUCGAUCCCGGAUGUGCCUCUUGAUGACAUGCUAAAUUGGGAUUGGCUUGACUUUGCCAACCCGGAUUUUAAUCUUCAGUAG